UACUACUCAGCAUCAGCACGGGAAUUGGCACGAUUAGUCGGUACAUGCCAAGCUCCGGUUAUACAACAUUUCUCUGAAACGAUUUCUGGGUCAACAACCAUAAGAAGUUUUGAACAAGAAUCAAUAUUUAAUGACACGAAUAUGAAAUUGAUAGACAAGUAUUCCCAACCCAAAUUAUACAGUGCUAUUGCAAUGGAAUGGCUGAGUUUCAGGUUGGAUCUUCUAUCCUGUACCGUAUUUGCCUUCUGUUUGGUGUUCUUGAUAUCUUUUCCAAGUUCAAUUACUGAUCCUGGCAUUGCGGGAUUGGCAGUGACAUAUGGGCUUAAUCUAAAUUCUAUACAAUUUAAUCUGAUCCGGUAUCUUUGCAAUUUGGAGAACAAAAUUAUAUCUGUAGAAAGAAUACUUCAGUACACCUCCGUCCCAGGUGAAGCUCCUCUUGUAAUCAAAGACAACCAACCAGAUCAUUCUUGGCCGUCAUUUGGAGAGGUUCAUAUCCAGGAUUUACAGGUUCGGUAUGCUCCACACCUGCCUCUUGUUUUACGGGGUCUUACUUGCACUUUUACUGCUGGAGCAAAAACUGGCAUUGUGGGAAGAACAGGAAGUGGAAAAUCAACUCUAGUGCAAACACUUUUCCGACUUGUUGAACCUGUUGCUGGAAAAAUCUUGAUAGAUAACAUUAACAUAUCUUUGAUUGGACUUCAUGAUUUACGGUCCAAACUAAGCAUUAUUCCUCAGGAUCCAACAAUGUUUGAAGGGACUGUAAGAAGCAACCUGGACCCUUUGGAAGAGUCCACAGAUGAACAAGUUUGGGAGGCUCUAGAUAUGUGCCAACUUGGAGAUGAAAUAAGGAAGAAAGAAGGGAAGCUUGACUCCUUAGUUACUGAUAAUGGAGGAAAUUGGAGUAUGGGUCAAAGGCAAUUGGUCUGCCUUGGCCGGGUUCUUCUUAAGAAAAGUAAGAUUUUGGUGCUUGAUGAAGCAACUGCACCAGUUGACACAGUCACAGAUAAUAUUAUUCAGCAAACAGUUAAGCAGCAUUUUUCAGAAUGCACAGUCAUUACAAUUGCUCAUAGAAUAACAUCAAUCCUAGACAGUGACAUGGUUCUGUUUCUAAAUGGAGGGCUAAUUGAGGAAUAUGAUUCACCAAAGAAACUGCUUAAGAACAAGUCUUCAGGUCUUGCUCAAUUGGUUGCCGAAUACACAAGGAGGUCAAACUCUGGUUUUGGAAGUUGA